AUGGGUCUCUCAAUAUCGAGUCUCUUCUCGUCUCUGUCGUCGCUGGUCCGCUGGAGCAAGGACCAGGAAGUCCGUAUUCUAAUGCUUGGGCUCGACUCUGCCGGAAAGACUACUAUUCUGUAUAGAUUACAGAUUGGCGAAGUCGUUUCCACUAUUCCAACAAUUGGGUUCAAUGUAGAAACGGUCGAAUACAAGAACAUCAAAUUUCAAGUAUGGGACUUGGGCGGGCAAUCGAGCAUCCGGUAUGUGUUUUCUCCACCCCCCAGCCCACGACUCAACGUCCCAUUCCCAAGACCAUACUGGCGGUGUUAUUUCCCCAACACCUCUUCCAUCAUAUACGUCAUCGACUCGUCCGACCACUCACGACUAACAACGUCAAGAACGGAGCUGCUUACAAUGUUAUCGGAAGAGGAGCUCAAGGGCGUGCCUUUGCUUGUGUUCUGCAACAAGCAAGAUGUUGAGGGUGCACUAAAGCCGGAGGAAAUAAGUGAACAGCUGGGACUGGCGGGUGGAGAGAAGACACGACCGUGGAGCGUGCGAGGCAGCUGUGCGACAAAAGGGGAGGGACUGGAGGAGGGAUUAGAUUGGCUGGUAAACGCCAUCCAAAAAAAGUAG